GGGGAAGGGGCGGGGCAUAGGUGUCGCUGCCUUUAAAUCAAGCCGUCACCCUAAGUACCGUGCUCUGCAUCCGGCUGUCUGAGUUGGCGAUAUACCGCGUGGGACUUGUUUAGAAAUGGCCGAAAAUGGAGAAAAAGAACAAAUGUCUGCACUGGAAACAAAGAUCUGCCAACAAAUCGAGUUCUAUUUUGGGGACCACAAUCUUCCACGGGACAAAUUUUUAAAAGACCAAAUAGCUUUGGAUGAUGGCUGGGUGCCGCUUAAGACUAUGAUAACGUUCAACAGGUUAAGCAAACUGACGACUGAUUUCAGCACUAUUUUUGGAGCACUUAAGAAAUCCAAGACCGGCCUGCUAGAACUUGACGAGGAUAACUGUAAGAUCCGGAGGUCGCUGGACAAUCCCAUCCCCGAAGCCACCGAAGAAUACAAAAACCUGAUUAAAAAAAGAACCGUUUAUAUUAAAGGAUUUCCUGUAGACACGACGCUAGAUGAUAUAAAGGAAUGGCUCGAAAGCAACAGUUCAAUUGAAUCCAUUCAGAUGAGGAGAACACUGGAAAGAGCCUUUAAGGGCUCAAUCUUUAUAGUGUUUGACUCUGAAGAAUCUGCUAAGAAGUUCCUGGAAAAUAGAGACUUAAAAUAUAAGGACACUGAUAUGAUCAUAUUGUCAAAGGAUGAGUACUACAUGAAGAAGAAUGAUGAGCGGAAGCAAAAUAAAUCUGAUGCAAAGGCAAAGCAAGAGCAAGAGGAAGCCGAAAGGAACUCUGGAUGUUUACUGAAAUUCUCUGGUGAUCUUGACAACAUGACUUCUAGAGAAGAUCUCACUGCCUUGUUUCAAAACCAUGGAGAAAUUAAAUGGAUUGACUUCAGCAGGGGUGCAAACGAGGGAAUUAUAUUAUUUAAAGAAAAAGCAAAAGAAGCACUAGAAAAGGCCAAAGCAGCCAAUAAUGACAGCUUGAAAUUAAAGGACAAGGAUGUAAAAUGGGAGCUUCUUGAGGGGGAGGUGGAACAAAAAGCAUUGAAGAAACUUAUAGAAGACCAACAAGAGUGUUACAACAAAAAGAAAGGCAAAGGUGGUAGAAAAUUCAAAGGGAAAGGAAGGGGUGGCCGUGGAAAUGACAAUUCGCCUAAAAAGAAAAUACAGUUCCAAGGCCAAAAGAAGAAAUUUGACAGCAGUGAUGAAGGUGAUAUGGAAGAUACAGACUCUCACCAAAAAGGAACUGACCAGACAGAUGUUACAGAGCAAAAGAAUGGCUCUCAGGCUGCAGGAAGUCCAAAGAAGAGAGCAUUAGAAGACAAUGUGUCAGAGGAGCCCUUGCCAAAGCAAGCAAAAACUGAAGAAGCUGGGGAUCACUAAUCACUUAAAGCAAUGUUUUAUUUGCUUCUUUUAUAGAAAAAAUAGCAAAAACUUAAAUAAAAAAAAAAUCAUGUUUUAAAGUCUUCAGGUACAGGAUGUCAGUUAAGUGAGAAUCUGAUGAAGUCCACUUCAAUAUCGACCUGCAACGAAAUGUUGAAUAUUUUUUUUAACUGUCUUUCUUGAAUGCAUGACUAUGCUAAUCUGCCAACUUGGACUUUUAUAUUUAUGGUUUAGUUAUUGCUGACCACAGAACAUUACCAGGCUGAGUAGCAAGAAUGUUCAUGUUAUGUAAAUGUUGAAUAAAAAAAAUUCCUUCU